AGGUUUCAUAUUUUCUCCUGCUUGUCGGGAAGAGAACUUCUCUUUGGGUUCGGGUGUGGCGACGGCGAAACAAAAAUAAAUCAAAACGAGAGGAGAGGAAAAUUAGACCCGUACAUAUCAGCAGAACUGCUGAGCUCUGAAUACCAAGAGCUGGGGAAAAGGGAAGGCAGUUUAAGAGCUGCUAUCUGCAACGGUGGCUGACUGACCCGAUUUUGCGCUGUUCGAUAUCGAUUCAAUCACCAAGCGCUGCCCUGCAUCUGGAAUACGCACCUCUGCCGCUCGACAGACUUCCUCCUUACCUUGUUGUCUGCACUUACAAGCUCAACGGCGAACCUUGGUCUAACUUUUCUGGGUCUGAAUGUGACUUCCAAAAAAGCGAUUAUCGGUUCCUUGCGUCUUAUUGGUCAGUCUGGUCUAAUUAUCACAACAGUGCAUUUCUUUCAGUUUUUUUGGAUAUCUUCUAACAUUAAAUGUUAUCACAUGCGCUGUGGAUAUCCGAGAAGGUUGAUUGAUGGGACAGUAGUAUACACGCAAAUUGGAGAAUUGAAAAUAAAAUAGAAAAGGACUCAAAAUAUUCUGGACGGGAAUUUUUCUCCAUUUUUGUCAAAACUGAUGCGCGUGCUACUGGAUUAAACUGAUAACUUGUGUUUUUUGUUUUGUUAAUGCUCUGAUAAGGUGACGUUACCAUACACACGCUUUUGAAGAGGACCAGUUGACCAAGGAACGCUGCUGCAUCUGUAACAUCUCAGAACAUCUUAGAAACUAUCCUAACCUUGUGUCAGAAUUUUACAAAUAUUUUGCAAAGCUUAAGGCGUGAGAGUUCGCGUGGUCCUGGAGCCAUGGGGUGUACUGUAAGUGCUGAAGAUAAAGCGGCCGCCGAGAGAUCAAAAAUGAUAGAUAAAAAUCUACGAGAAGAUGGAGAGAAAGCCGCAAGAGAGGUGAAGCUGCUUUUAUUAGGUGCUGGCGAGUCGGGGAAGAGCACCAUUGUGAAGCAGAUGAAGAUAAUCCAUGAAGAUGGCUACUCGGAGGAUGAAUGCAAGCAGUACCGCGCCGUGGUGUACAGCAACACCAUCCAGUCAAUCAUGGCCAUCAUCAAAGCCAUGGCCAACCUGAAGAUCGACUAUGGAGAGCCUGCCAGAGCGGACGAUGCCCGCCAGCUGUUCGCCCUGUCCGCCGCCGCAGAGGAGCAGGGCGUGUUGCCAGACGACCUGUCCAACGUGAUUCGCCGGCUAUGGGCCGACAGCGGGGUGCAGGGCUGCUUCACACGCUCCCGGGAGUACCAGCUCAACGACUCCGCUGCAUACUACCUGAACGACCUGGAGAGGAUAGCCAGACCAGACUACAUUCCCACACAGCAGGACGUGCUGCGGACACGAGUCAAGACCACUGGCAUCGUGGAGACGCACUUCACCUUCAAGGACCUGCACUUCAAAAUGUUUGAUGUGGGAGGCCAGCGCUCAGAGAGGAAGAAAUGGAUCCACUGCUUCGAAGGCGUCACCGCCAUCAUUUUCUGCGUUGCCUUGAGCGCCUACGACUUGGUCCUGGCAGAGGAUGAGGAAAUGAAUCGAAUGCAUGAGAGCAUGAAGCUCUUUGACAGCAUCUGUAACAAUAAGUGGUUCACAGAGACCUCUAUCAUCCUCUUCCUCAACAAGAAGGACCUGUUUGAGGAGAAGAUCACCCGCAGCCCCCUGUCCAUCUGUUUCCCAGAGUACUCAGGAGCCAACAAAUAUGACGAGGCGGCCAGCUACAUCCAGACCAAGUUCGAGGACCUGAACAAAAAGAAGGACACCAAGGAGAUCUACACCCACUUCACCUGCGCCACCGACACCAAGAACGUGCAGUUCGUCUUCGACGCCGUCACUGAUGUCAUCAUCAAGAACAACCUGAAAGACUGCGGGCUCUUCUAGAGCCAGGGCAGAGGAUGAUGUGCCAGGGAUUACUUGAACAGAUCUGAUGACCAGAAGGAAGGGGAGUGGACACACCGUGACAGACUGCACUGGCCAGCGAUUCCUUGCUUCUAUCUGCUUUUAUAAAGAAACAGACUGAGAACUGAGAAAAGCCUUGUAGUAUCGGAACAAUUGCUGGUUCCCCGACCACCAUGUCUUUUCCUUCUCGUGGUUUUUAGGGUUUUUUGUUGUGUGUUGGAUAUUUAAUUGUUAAAGGGGUUCCAUGUUUUAUUACUGUUAACUCCUUAGGCUGAGACCGCAACUCAACAUGUUAUUUUAGUUGUUGUGUCCUUUUUGUUUUUUUUUUCCUUCUUUAUUUUUAAUGAUUAGCAUAGACAAAAAGAGAAAAAAAAACUUUUUUAUAUAAAUGCAUUUACUUUACUUUGAGAUCCGAUGUGCAAAUUUUAUGAAACUUUUAAUUGCAUAAAGCUUAUUUUUUAAAAGAAACGUGGGCAUGGAUCGAGAAAAUGGAUGGAAAGGAACGUGCUUUUUCAUUAUGUUUACAUGAAGUCCACAUUCUUAGCUUAACUUCAUAUUGCGCUGCAUGACUGACGAUAGUUGACUAUAUUAGAUCUGUAACCUGCACAAAGAGCGUGACAUUCCUUUAGAAACAUAAUAGAGAACAUGCAAAAAAAGAAAAAAUGCAAAAAAAACAAAAACAAAAAAAAAGACGCUUCACACCAGAGGAAAGAAUGACAAAAUUGUAUCCGGUGUAUAGGAUAAUUACAUACUUUACAUUACUUUCUGUUGUAUUGUUCCAUUCCAUGUCCUCUUCAGUAUGUUUUGUGCCUUCACUUCUGUUUACAUGUGACCUAGAUUUGCUUUAUUCGUAGAAAUGACUUAGGCCUAAUUCUUUCUUCCAUUUUCUUCAUGACCGAAAAACAAGGUAAAAUAGUUACGAUGAUCAUGACAAUGAGACAAAAUCUA